AGGAUGAGGAUGAUGAUGUUUAUGUGUUGGAGGUCAGGUGUGAGUCUUCUAUGGAUAGGGCCCGUGAUACAGGUAAGUAUAGCAUCACACCAAAGUAAAACUCAUAACUUUCAUUUCUCCAACAUCCUUCACGAGGCCGUAUUAGAAAAAUGCCAAGAGCCACUACUUCUGCUUUGGUUAGUACCCCGGACGACGACCCAACCGCCUCCGCUGCGUAUAAUUCCCGAACCGGUGCGCAACACGGUUUCACGAGGACCUUGCGCUGUAUAAGUCGUGUCAUCCUCCAAGAUCAAAAUGACAUCCACCAGUACUAGCACGACCUCCCGGGCAACUAGUUCCAGCACAACGAGUAACCAACCGCCCGCGGAAGUCUACAUUCUGUUUAUUGUCGCACCCACUUUCGGUCUCCCCGGCACUGGGGAUUUGCUUUACGAAUUGGACUUAUCCAGUAACGGGAAGCGGGAAGACAGCCCACAUUUGUAUCCUGUGUAAAAACGUCCCCACCCCAGAGUCGAAAUGGGGAUUUUUCAGCACAAACCUUGAAGUUUUGGGAGUCACGCAUGACAAGUUGUAGGCCGUAGUGUAGUGCAGUUUAGAACAAAGGGAAGCCGCAUAUAUAAUAAAACCGCCCUCUUGUCCUGUUUACAGCAUUACAAGUUCCAAAGCGCGCUGGGAAAAAAUGCUCUCAUGGGGAUCAUGCGCAUUACAAAUGCUCUUGCGUUUGCAGAUCUGCAUGACAAGAACUCUGAAACGGGGUUGUUUUUACACAGGAUGAUUUGGCGCAGUUUAUCGCCAGCAGCAGUUUAGACGAGCUGGACGCGCAGUUGCUUUUACAGCAGCAUUAUCCUCUGCAAAAGUACCGUAUUCGUGUUGCAAUCAUGCAUUACAAAUCUUUUUGUUAAGUCAAAUCCGCAUUACAAAUUCUAUUUCUCAUGCUGAGGAAAUUUGUAAUGCAUUUAUACGAUUACGAGUGCGAUACUUUUGCAGUUCAUGAGCAAGCGGUGAAUACGCCGGGGCAACUGUUUUUCAAGGUAUAGUAUAGAAGGAGUUGUUUGUCUUGCAUUUUAUUUCCAAGGAAUAAGAUGAAAGAACACAUUAUCUUAUGCUCCGCACCAUUAAUGAAACAGCAUGACAAAUUUUUAUAAAAAUCACGCUCGCCCCCCGGCAGUCCGUCGACAGUUUCAACGAUUUUCUCGUUUCCGCCUUCGUCACCCCGGGGCAUUUGCGACUACUAUGCAUUGCAAUAGUACUUCUAUCGUGGAGGUCGUAGUAAAUUGUAUGGCAGUUGUCAUGCAUUGCAAGUCUCUUACUCUUUCUUGAUGUAUUAAAAGUAAAUCCGCAGUACAACAGUACUACAUACAGUCAGUUGUACUUUUGCAGAGCAUAAUUCCUCCUCCUGCACAAAUCCCGAGCGACCACAGCCGCGUCCGCGAAUUUGUAUGAAUUGCAAAAGUGUCCUCGUACUCGUAGUUUUGCAAUACAAAUUAGCUCAGCAUUACAAAUGGACUUUGUCAUGCGGUUUCAGCUUGAGAAAGGGAUUUGUAAUGCAUAAAUGCAAUCACUACUAGAACUAGUACGAUACUUUUGCACAGGAUAAUUUGGAACCGAACGUGAUAAAGCCCCUUUUGGAGCUAUGGCGUUCUCAACUGUUACAUUGUCAACUGUUACAUGAAUUUGCCAUGCAAAACUGCCAUCAAGAUCCACACGAUCAAGCUUCUUUGCAUGACAAAUUUGCAAAGGGCUAAACUGCGCCCAAAUCUGUGCGGAAUUUGUAAUGCUAAAGGCGCAACCUCCCCCCUUUGACUUUUCCUAUUCUUGCAUUACAAAUUCAUGUAACACUUGAGAAUGUAACAUUUGAGAACGCCAUAAGAGCAGGUCAGCGAGGUGUUUACGAAGACGGUGCUGACGAACCCGUUUUACGUCCCGUUUCGGAAAAUCACGUCCAAUUCCCUGAAGUUACUACUGGACACCAGGGUGAAAAACUGCGCGAGACGGUACUUGACGCACUUGACUUAAGAAGUUCUCUAUCACUGACAGAGCACGAGGAGUCCUUACUACCUGGGGCGGAGGAAGGGUUUGUCAUUUUCUACCUGUUGCACAGGAGAGGACAAGAAGUACGGUGGGCGCGGCGGGGGCAGUGA